AUGUUUCUCUCUCCUCUGAUUGCAGGUGGCGUCUUCAUCAGCAAAGUUGUCCACAAAGCUGUCAUUGACAUCACAGAGACAGGAACCGUGGCUGCUGCUGCUACCACUGCUGUCAUACUGUCACGGCAUGUUAUGAUGCGGCCUCCAAAAGAGACCUUCUACGUGAACCGACCGUUCAUAUACUUUGUCUACGACAGCCAGCUGAAGCUGAUCCUCUUCCAAGGAAAAUUUACUGGAUAA